AUGCCGCCAGUCGACAUCUCUGCCAAUUCGACCGAACAGCCUCGUAUUGGGCAGGGUUUGCCAGUUGGGCAGGGCGCUUUGGAGGCCGGUUUGGGCUUGACGGUGGGGCAGACGCUGCCACAACUGGCAGUAGAAUCGGAAGUGGAGAAGGAGGAGAAUCCAGAAUCUUCUACCACGUCGGUUUUGGAUUCUGAAGGUGAAAAUGGUGCUAAUGGUACACUUGGUGCUAAUGGUGCACCUGGUGCUAAUGGUACAUUUGGUACUAAUGGUGGUCUGAAUGUUAUUAUUGGUGCAAAUGAUGUCCUUGGUACUAUUGACUCCGUCAACGGCUUUCUAUCUCCAAAUGGUACACUUGGACCAAAUGGUACACUUGGUACCACCGCUGCACUUGGUACACCUCAAAAAGGCGUAAACUUCCAAACAGGCUCAGAUGACUCCAAUAACAGUGGCUUAGAUGGUACAAGUCAAACUGGUACCGAUGAUACCGAAAACCCUCAGGGAGUGUACUUCUUUGGACGUACUCGGUACCUGGUCAUGCUCGUCUCAAUCUUGUGUUUAUCAACGGUCAUCGCCAACUCGCUGGCUCUCAACUUUACGGUUAUUUGCAUGAAAUGCGCGCAUAAUGAAAAUAUUAAUGGUACAGGUGGGUUUUUUAAUAUUUUUAAAAUGUUUAGUUAGGCUUAAAAUGGAAUUUAGGCUUAGGAAUGGGAGUUUAGGCUUUAAACAUUGUUUCAGGCUUAUAAAUGUGGGUUUAGGCUUAAAAGUUUAAUUUUAGGCUUACAUGUUCAUUUUAGGCUUAUAAAUGUAGCUUUAGGCUUAUAAAAUUGCAUUUUAGGCUUAUAAUUGUAGCUUUAGGAUUAAAAUUUAUUUUAGGCUUACGAAUGGAACUUUAGACUAAAAAACGAAUUUUUAGGCUUAUAAAUGUAGCUUUAGGCUUAUAACUUUAAUUUAGGCUUAUAAAUGCAGCUUUAGCUUAAAAAAUUGAAUUUCAGGCUUAAAACAUUAGUUUAGGCUGAGAAAAGUAGCUUUAGGCUUAAAAAUUGAAGUUUAGUUUCAAAACUUUAUUUUAGGCUUAUAGAUAUAGCGUUAGGCUUCAAAAUGUAGAUUUAAACUUAUAAUGCAGCUUUAGGCUUAACAGUUUAGUUUUAGGCUUAAAAUUGUAAUUUUAGGCUUAUAUUUUUACAAUAGUUCAUUCUUAAGUGAUAAUACUAUAAAAAUCAAUACAUAUUGACAUUUCGUUUCCAGACGUAGUAACUCAAAAGGACAUGUUCACAGACUUUGAAAAGUCGUGGCUCUAUUCAGCGAUUGCGACGGGAACGAUCGUCGGAACGUUGCCAAUCACAUAUCUAACGUCUCUACUUGGUGUGAGGAAGACCUUCACCUUGUAUGGCGUGGUAUCUGCCGUGGCUACAUUACUGACUCCAUUGGCUGCUAGUGUUGGGUUUGGCACUGUUUUCUUGGCUAGAUUCUUGCAGGUGGGAGGUGCCUAAAAUUGUUUUAGAAAUUGGGUUUUUGUAAAAUUUGUUACCUAAAAUAUUCAAAAAACGAUGUUUUGUUAUCUAAAAUAACUAAAAAAUGAUGUUUUGUUACCUAAAAUAACUAAAAAAUCAAUUUCCAGGGCUUUGCCGUAGCCACCUCAUGGCCAGCGAUGGGCUCAAUAAUCGCUGACUGGGCCACAUGGAAAAGAAGUGGUACAUACGUGGCAUACCUCUCUUGUCAUCUACAAUUCGGCCCAAUGCUAUCCAUGUUUUUGGGCGGGGUAUUUUGCAAAAGCGAGCUUGGAUGGGCUGCUUUGUACUAUCUACUUGGUGGACUGACAAUUAUUACCUUUAUUCUGUUUUACGGAUUUUAUAGAGACACUCCUGCUCUUCAUAAGUAAGUUUUUUAAAGCUACCGUACCCUACUCUACCAUACCGUACCGUACUCUGCCCUGGCUUACCGUACUUUACCGUAUCCUAUACUACCCUACCUUACCCUACUUUACCCUACCUUACCGUACUAUAUUGUACUCUACUCUACCUGCCCUACCGUACCAUACCGUAUCUUACCUUGCCCUACCCUACCCUACCCUACCCUACCCUACCCUACCCUACCCUACCCUACCCUACCCUACCCUACCUUACCCUACCGUACCCCUACCCUACCUUACCCUACCCUACCCUACUUUACCCUACCCUACCUUACCCUACCUUACCUUACUCUACCGUACUCUACCCUACUUUACCUUGCCGUGCCCUGCCCUACCAUACGGUAUUAUACUCUACUCUACCCUUCCUUACCGUAUUAUACCCUAACGUACCAUACCGUACCGUACCCUAGCCUUCCCUGCCUUACCCUACGAUUUGUCUUGCCUCACCCUGCUUCGCUUUACCUUGCUUUGUCAUGCUCUGCCUCGCCCUGCCCUAUCUUGCUCUGCUUUUUUCUGCCUCGCCCUGCCUUGCCUUUCUCUUUUCUGCUUUGCCCUGUCUUGCCCUGCCUUGUCCUGCCCGGCCCUACCUUAUCCUACUCUACCCUAACAUAUCUUACUCUACCUUACUACGUAUCUUUUCUAAAAAUGUUCUUACAGAAAUGUCUCAGCCAAAGAACUAAAGACCAUAACCAAAAACAAGACCGCCUACGCUCCAAGACGUAAUGGCUCAGCCAAAAUCCCAUACCAUGCCAUCUUCACAGACUGGACUGUCAUCGGAAUCCUGAUGACAUGUUUCAGCUCCAACCUUGGCUACCUAAUCUUCAACCAAUAUGGUCCAGUCUACCUGAACAAGGUGCUAGGCUUUGAAGUGCGCAAAACGGGCAUGGCAACUGCCCUGCCCUACAUCAUCGGCACGUUCGUCAAGAUUCUGGCCGGACCGUGCAGUGACAGUAUUCCUCAUUUGGGUAACCGAGGACGAGUCAUACUGUUUGCUACAGUAUCCCAGUUCUUGAUGGGGGCUUGUUUCGUGGCUUUGGCUUUUUGUCCGGCUGGUAGUACCACAUUGGCACAGGUGUUCUUCACCUCGGCCAUGGUCUUCAGUGCUUUGAAUUGUGUUGGCGUUUCGAAGUGUACUCAGCUGGUAGGUGGAUUUUGAAUUUUUAAAUUUUUUGGGGAUUUGGGGAAGGGGGGGGGAGGGGUGCUGGUGAGGUUAUAAAAAAAAUUUUUUGGGAAGGGGAGGGGGGAGCGUGGUUUAAAAAAAGGGGGGGGGGGUGUGAAUGGCACAACCAAUUACGGUUUUACACUACAAGACGUAAUUUUACGCUUAAAAUUGGUCUUUAGGUAAAAAUGCUGCUAAUGGUACACUGGUACUAAUGGUACACUUGGUACUAAUGGUACUUUAAAAAACCUUACUUUUGGCUUAAAAGUUAAUUUUAAAACUUAAAAUGGACUAUUAGGGCAAAAUGGUGCUAAUGGUACACUUGGUACUAAUGUUACUUUUGAAAAACCUAAUUUUAGGCUUAAAAAUGAAUGUUUGAGCUUAAAAAGUGAUUUUAGGCUUAAAAUAUGAUUUUAGGCUUAAAAACGAAAUUUUAGGCUUAAAAAUGAAAGUUUAGGUUUAAAAUAUGAAAGUUUAGGCUUAAAAUAUGAUUUUGGGUUUAUAAACGAAAUUUUAGGCUUAAAAAUGAAAGUUUAGGUUUAAAAUAUGAAAGUUUAGGCUUAAAAUAUGAUUUUAGGCUUAAAAACGAGAUUUUAGGCUUAAAAAUGAAAGUUUAGGCUUAAAAUAUGAUUUUGGGCUUAUAAACGAAAUUUUAGGCUUAAAAAUGAAAGUUUAGGCUUAUAAUAUGAUUUUAGGCUUGAAAAUGAAAGUUUAGGCUUAAAAAGUGAUUUUACGUUUCAAAAUCAACAUUCAGGCUUAAAAAAUGACUUUAGGCUUAAAAAUGAAAUUCUAAGUUGAAAAUGUAUCUUUAGGCCUAAAAUCGAAUUUUAGGCUUAAUCUACAACCUUAGGCAAAUAUUUUUUAUAAUUUCAGAUUUCCGGCCGAUUCGUCCACUUCCUAAUGGCCCUAAACUCAUUCACCAACAGCACCAUUGUACUACUACUGCCAUUCUUUAUCGAACUCUUGGCUCCAGAUAACACUCGCGCCCAAUGGACUCGGAUUCUGGUCGGAAUCACGGCCAUUGUCGUUCUGUUCACACUGGUCUUUGAUUUCAAUGCCAAAGGCGAGCCAAGACCCUGGGCCAUCGAGUCAUCCACCACCAUUGAUACAUCGACCGAUCCGACCAAAGUAUCGACCGUUUCGAACGCAUGUUUGGUCGAAUUGGACGCGAAUCAGUUGGCUAGUACGGAGAAGGUCUAG